AUGCCAACUGAGGACGCACUAUAUCCAUCUUCUUCCACAUUCAAAUUGUUUUCACAGCAAGAAUCACAGAGACACAAACCAACCAUGGCACCAUCGGAAAUUCAAAACGCAGAAACGAAACCGAAACAGAGUAUCCCUCUUCUCACGCCCUACAAGAUGGGAAAAUUCGAUCUUUCCCACAGGGUUGUUCUGGCACCAAUGACGAGACUGAGAUCGUACGGGUACGUUCCUCAGCCCCAUGCUGCCUUAUACUACUCACAGAGAGCCAGCCCUGGAGGUUUUCUCAUCACUGAAGCCACCACAAUCUCAGAUACGGCUCAAGGGUAUAAAGAUACGCCAGGGAUAUGGACUAAAGAGCAGGUGGAGGCAUGGAAGCCAAUCGUGGAUGCUGUUCAUACCAAAGGCGGCUUCAUCUUCUGUCAGAUCUGGCAUGUUGGCCGCGUUUCUAAUCGAAGUUAUCAGCCAAAUGGGCAAGCUCCGAUCUCUUGUACGGACAAGCCACUGACGCCUCCAGCCAACGACGAAGACGCGUUUACACCCCCAAGACGCUUAACUGCCGAAGAGAUCCCCACCGUUGUCAACGAUUUCAGGCUUGCAGCAAGAAACGCUAUGGAAGCUGGCUUCGACGGAGUUGAGAUUCACGGCGCUCAAGGCUAUCUGAUCGACCAGUUCCUGAAGGACACGGUGAACGACAGAACCGACGAAUACGGCGGAUCGUUGGAAAACCGUUGCAGAUUCGCUCUAGAGGUAGUCGAAGCGGUGGCGAACGAGAUCGGGAAAGAUCGCGUAGGAAUCAGGCUCUCUCCGUUCGCUGACUACAAUGAAUCAGCAGAUACUAACCCGCAAGCGUUAGCUGUUCACAUGGCGGAGUCUCUGAACAAAUACGAAAUCCUCUACUGCCACGUGGUCGAGCCGAGAAUGAAAACGAUGGCAGAUAUUGCAGAGUCUCCUCACACGUUAACGCCGAUGAGGAAAGCCUUUACGGGAACUUUCAUCGCGUCGGGAGGAUUCACGAAGGAAGACGGUAAUGCGGCGGUGGCGGAGGGAAGAACCGAUCUGGUGGCUUUUGGUCGGUGGUUUCUGGCAAACCCGGACCUGCCUAAGAGGUUUGAAGCUGAUGCACCGCUUAACAAGUACGAUAGAUCAACGUUUUACACUUCUGAUCCUGUCGUUGGAUACACCGAUUACCCUUUCCUCGAUUCAACAGCUUCAAAAGAAUAA